GGUUGGCUUCCAUCGCGAAAGUGUUUAAUUUCUACUGGUGAAGACGUUGAUAAUUGCCAGCAUUUUUUCGCGCGAACGCCUGUUUUCUACCAAGAAUUGGACAGGACACGUGGGUCAGCACUCCUUGGAUAUUGGCACCGGACACAUCGGAUGCAUGGCAGACUGGAUAUCUUUACGUAGAUAACUCACCGAGGGCUUCAAACUUUGCUGAAAUCCCUCCGUUAUUCAGAUCAUCAUCGUCGUCGUCGUCGUUGGAUCAGUUUUCAGCGUUCAUCCGUCGUAGAGAGGUCGCCUAUUAUUUUAUAACAAAUCUAUCGCGAAACUUUUCACUGGAAUUAAAGGUGGCCGCACUUCAAACGAUUGUAAGGAACGUAGGAUAUUCGUUAGGAUUGAAAAGGAUUUCGAAAAACGACCGCUAUCGUCCGUAGUGAUUAUUCUAGAAAGCAUCGUAAAAAGUGUUUGGUCACGAGAUCCGUUAGGUCACUGUGACCUUGGCUGUCGUGUGGUGUGAUAUACAGACCAGCACGUCAUCGGUGGCUACCGAUUGAGAACCGAGUGAGAAAAUAUUCAAAUCAUUUUCAAUUGUUGCGCUGCCACCGACGUCGAACGGAUGGUGUAAAUUUUCCACCUGUUUACAGUGGAGCUUGUUGGAGUAGCAUUUUUCUACCUCAAUCGAAGAACAAUCUGUAGUAUGCGACAAUCGCAGUAAACUGGUGUAUUAAACAAGUAAAAAUGGGUUACUACGAUCGUUGUGUAAAAGUGCCUAAAAAUAAAAUAAAAGCAUGCACUUUUUGCGUGUUGCUAUGCUUGGCCAACUUGAUCGACAUCAGCGAGGCGCGUAAGGUAGCGUUGGGCCGUGUUACAAAGCCAACUACGAAUCGAGGGUAUGCGAGUCCGGACAUUGCCAAGUUGAGUUACACGCCUAAUCAUGCAGCUGUGCCGGCAAAGUCGGCGCCGGCACCCGCCCAGCAACCUCCCAUCGGAUGGAAUGUGCACAACAACAACAAUGCGCCUCCACCAUAUUCGGCAACAUCGAACCAUGGACCUCCACCGCCAUAUUCCGCCCAACCCAAUCCCAAUGUGAAUAGUAGAUUCAACGAAGCACCUCCACCGUACUCUCAGAAUAAUCCAGGAUUCCCACCGGCUCCAAACUACCAGAGCGGACAAGCAGCAGGUUUUGGAGCAUCGAGCGGUGUCGUUGCAGGAAGUGCUUACCGUCCCCAUGGCCAUAAUAUUUCAGCAGGUGGAUUGGGAGGUGGUUUCGCUCCCAUGCCGAAUCAAGGAUAUCCUGCUCAGCCAGCGCAAGGAUUUCCAGGAGCACCAGUUGCACAACCUGGCGGUGGUUUCCCGGGAGGAUAUCAACCGGGAGGUUAUCCUCAACAACCUGGCUAUCAAUCUCCGGCAGGUGGUUUCCAACAACCUGGGACGGUUAUUCAUCACUAUGAGCAACCAUCAUCCGGGGGCAGCGGAAUCGGUACCGUUCUUGGAGCAGGAGUCGUCGGUCUUGCAGCUGGUGCUGGUGGUGCUGCUCUCUACGAUGCACUGAAGCCAAACGAUGAACAUAAAGAAGCAGCUGUAGAUGCGACAACGACGACGACCACUUCGACUACCCUGGCGCCCAUCAAUCCUAAUGGAGAUGCUCCGUUAGCGCCAUUAGCACCAUUGCCGGCAAAUCCCAAUGGUGAGGCUCCGCUAGCUCCCAUGCCCGUGGUACCUCCGAACCCUAACGGAGAUGCUCCUUUGGCAACAAUGCCAGCGGGAGAAACGACAACGAUUGAUCCUGCUGCUGUGGACACUACAUUAAUCCCCACUGAAAACCCGAUGGGAUCGGCCCCACUGGCGGCGUUCCCUGUUGCCGAAAAUGGCGCAACUACCAGUACGCCGGUUUCCACGGUGGCUGUUGAGGCUCCAAAUGCCGCCCUCAAUGUACAACCCAACCAGGCGGCACCCGUUGUCCCGACAACUGCCUCACAGCACAGUGAUUCGGCAGUUGGUAAAGCGCAGCUUUCCACCUUGGCGUUGCUGGUUCCGGUGAUUUGUAGAUUUUUCCUGUAGUAUGCUAGAACAAAAAUAAAAUCCUGGCGAUUCCAAAGAAUGCGAAACCAGAAAAAUGAUUUUGAAUCAUUCCAAUACAAUCAGGCUGACGUAGUUAGUAACGGUACAAGAUUGGUUCUUCUUUUUCAUGCUUUGAAAAUUGGUGUACAAAAUCGAUUGACACGAAGGUUUAUAAGUAAAUUGAGCCAGGUUCUGUGCCUUAGUAUGUUAGAACCUUAGUACGUUGAGAUAGAUUAAGUUUGAAAAUAAAUAAAACCACAGUUG